AUGUGGGCCUCGACAACGACCUUGGCCCGGUCUGGCUCGUGGUUGUGCAGCCAGCUUGUAGCGUCUGCCCUCAAAUACUGGAUGGCCUCGGUCGAGGUCUUGGUAGUUAGUACAGACAUUUGGAAGGGGGGGGCGCAAAGGGUGAAAAGGAAAGGAUCACGGUCGGGUGCAUGCAGAGAGUAUGCAACAGCUGCAGUAGCCCCCAGAAGCUUCGACCCACGGCUGCAGCAGCGGCCCAAUGUGGCUGUUGAGAAGCAUCAGCAGGCCGUCCGAUGCGAUUUCCUGCAUGUCGACGCGGAAAGGGAAGAGUCGCGCUCGCGCCGUCUCCCGAGCGAGAUGCGAUCGGAGCGUAGUCCGGUCCUGUCGAGGGGUGGCAUGGGGGGUGGUGACGGCGUGAAGUCGGAGAGUGGACGACAGAAGAGGACACGAGGCGGGAGGUAA